CAGGAAUCCAGCAGACGCUCAACAUUUCCUGCAUCUGGAAUUCUGCCAGUCCGAGUGAAUACUCCGGGAUGAAAGAUCUGUGAUGGAGUUGAACUUGUCACUCAUGGAUUCGGAGAGGACUGACGUGAAUAACUGCACAUAUCAGACCGCGUGGGAUUGGAUCUCGUCUCUCCAGCCUUUGUGGCUGUCGGUAAUUAGCAUCUUCGGUCUGGUGGGAAAUGGUUUAGUCUUGUCGGUGUUCUGCCUGCAGAGGAACCCGUGCUCCGUCGCUGAUGUGUACCUGGGGAACCUGGCGCUGGCCAACCUGGUCAUGGUUCUGUGCCUUCCCUUCUGGGCCGUGACCAUUGCUCAGAACUAUGAGUGGAGCUUCGGCCAGAUGCUCUGCAAGCUAAUCAACACGGCUAUCUGCAUGAACUAUUUCUGCAGCAUCCUCUUCCUGGUUCUGGUUAGCGUGGAUCGCUAUUUGGCGCUUGCCAGAACGAUGAGUCCUAGCAGGCUGAGGCAGCCGUCCUGGGCCAAGCGGAUUUGUUUGGGAAUUUGGAUUUUCGGAUUUCUGGUUAGCGUUCCAUCAUUGCUCUUCCGUGACGUACACUACGUCCCAGACUUUGAUGUCCAUGCUUGCUACUUGAUGUACCCUCAUCCAGGCUGGAGGGUCCAGAGGAACCUGAGCAGCAACGUGCUUGGAUUUGCGAUACCUUUACCCAUCAUCGCGUUCUGCACUUAUCACAUAGUUAAAGCUCUUAAAGACAGCGAGCUCAGGUUCAUCCCUGCGAUCCGGAGAGAAAAACGAGCCACUCAUCUCGUGCUAACGGUUCUGGCUGUGUUUCUGUUCUGCUGGACGCCGCACCAGAUCGUACGUCUGCUGGAUACCCUGGAUUAUUUUCAGAUCACGCCUGAAGGAUGUUUAUUUGGGGACAUCUUAGACAUUAGCGAGCAGUAUUCCACCUACCUGGCAUAUUCCGACAGCGCGAUUAACCCGUUCUUGUAUGUGGUGGUGGGGAAACACUUCAGGAAACGAGCUAAAGGUGUGUUUAAACGGUUUAUCACUCCUGGAUGGAAGGACAGCACUCCUAACAGCACGCUAGCUAGCAGGUGCAGUGAGAGCCGUAAAGACUCAAUUGUAAUCGAUAAAAGAGUCAUAGUGCCGGUACACCUCUUACCAACACACCUUACAAAUCUAAACACGCUGCGAGGACUGUGAACGUGUUUUCACCAAGUAUUAUUUCCAGAAGAUUGAUAGUUUAUGGGCAUUUUUCUUACAACAACUCCACUAAGGGCAUUGCUUUUACCUCAAACUAUGCAAACUUCGAGAAAGAACUCUUUAAUGGUUUUGCAUGAUGUAAAAAACAGAAAUCCAGUGUGUGGAACAUGUGAGUUAUGUUUAUUUAGCUCUGAUUAGCUAUGUUUUUUUUUUUUUUUUUUGGAUUAGCUUUCCAUUAGCAUGCACAGAGUUCUUCUAGCUGUGGAUAUCAGAACCCUAUUUCUGAGUGGAACGCAUUUCUCAGGCUGGAUAUGAACAGAUUUAUUUAUAAAUCGUUUGUAUGAGUGUUUACACAGGAAAUUUGGUUUUCAUGAAAAUCUCAUCAAUUCAGAAAAAAACGUUCGUAACCUACUCGUGCUCCUGAGUGCGUCUAAAGAAGACUGAUGUAAACCUCGACCUGAUUGACUUCAGAUCCUAUAAUUUUUUCUCUCUGGAAUAUUCUGUGGAGUUUAAACUGUUUGUGUUUAUGACGUUUGCAGCGUUUAGCAGACGCCCUUAUCCAGAGCGACUGAUAGAAGAGCUUUAGAGUCUCAAGCAGAAACACUUUUGUUUGUACUUUACGGGGGAUAAACAGACGCAUGCGAGUAUGCUGAAAAUGAGCACUUCUAAAACUCUUGUAAAUUCAGUGGAAAAGGUUUUGCUCACUUUUGUUUACACAAACAUUUACACACAACUUUACUAAAAGACUGAUAAAUGAUGCACAGUGUUGGUUUAGAUUUUGUCCUUUUUUUUGCAUUGAUGUCAGAAUAUUCAGAAAUGAUUUAGCUAAUCAUGACUAACAGCAUUAGUGACAGAUUUCAAAAGAAAUUGAAUAUUAAACAUUUAUAAAUUUUAGGAAGAAGCAGGAAAAAGUAAAUAAAUAAAAAAGUGACAAUAUUAUAAACACAAAGAUUCUUUAAAGAUCUAUAAAUAGAAGAAAAACAAAAGAAUGACUAAAU